UUGUUAUGAUGUUGAUUGAAUAAUGAAUGUCUAUUAUACUUAAACAUUGAACACUAAUAGAACGUUGAGGUAUGGCCAUUUCUUGCGCCCCUUCCGUCUCCCACGAUUAGGAUUAUCCUAACUGAUUGGGAAAGGAUCAGGACCUAUAAAUAGCAAUGUCAUGAAAUUCCUAGCACUCACACUUAAUAACAAAAAAAAUAUCAAAAUUACAUUCCUUAACCAUUACAAACUGACAACCACAAUGGCUGAUCAGACUCAGCACCACCAUCUCUUCGGCCACCAUAACGAGGAAGAAAGGAAACACCACAAGCAUCUUGAGGAGCUCGAUGAGCUUGCAGCUGCUGCCGCUGGUGCCUACGCUUUGCAUGAGAAGCACGAGGCCAAGAAGGAUCCGCAGAAUGCCCACAGGCACAAGUUAGAAGAAGAGAUUGGUGCAGCAGCUGCAGUUGGAGCUGGCGGAUUGGCAUUCCAUGAGCAUCAUGAGAAAAAUAAUGCCAAAAAAGAAGAAGAAAAAGCCGAGGGAAAGCACCACCAUCUAUUUUGAAUAAUGAUAAGGGUUCCUUCAAUUUUCUUGCUAGUUCACAUCCAGGUUUCUACUUUGACAAGAAAUAAUUAUGUUUGUUUUUUCUCUAAAAAAAAAGGUAAUGUCAAUUUAUCUUGGGGAUUUCGUCUUGA